AUGGCUCAGUUCAAUAAUGAUCACCUCAUCACGUGGUGCAAAGCAAGGGGGACUACGCUCAAGUUUUCCUAUGUCGCGCACCCCAAGACUAAUGGGCUAGUGGAGGCCGCCAACAAACUAAUCAAGGGCCUCCUUAGAAAGAAAUUGGAUGAUGCAAAGGGGCUUUGGCCCGAGAAGCUUAACGAAGUACGAUGGGAAAUCUGCACCACGCCAACAGAGGCCACAGGCAAGACACCUUUUUGUCUAAUGUACGGCACAGAAGCAAUACUUCUCAUCGAAAUAAUCCAGCCAACACAACGGGUUUCGCUGUUUGACCCCGAGACCAAUUCGGAAAAUAUGCAACUAGAUAGAGACCUCUUGGAGGAGAAGGAUGCAGCGCGCCAUCACAACAUCCUAAACAAGGAACGUGUGGCACGCUUCAACAUAUCUAGAGUAAAGAGCAGAACCCUUCAGCUCGGUGACUGA